AAAAGUUUUCUCUACUUCUCUGAUUCUGUUCAUAUGGUUGUUUAACCAUAUUCUUUAAAGUUUUUAAAGCACACACAUUCUGCAGCAUCGCCACACAACACAACAAUCGAGAAGAAAUAUAGAGAAAAAGAAAAGAAAUUUUUAUACAUGAUCGCAUUUAAUGCUCAUACACAGUAUUUAGAUGACUAGGCAAUAAACAACAAAAUAAGAAAGUAACUUCUUCACUGCCACAAUAUGCUUUCAUAUGCACAGACAUAUAUGACUGUUAAGUAUAAAAGAAGGAAGAUGAAGAAGAUUAAGAGAAAAAACCUAAGACAAAAACAAGGAGCAAUACGAUGACUUUUUCUUUCAUAACAAAGUGUAUCUAUCGUUGUUUACUUGCCUAACAAUGUUAUUUCACUGGUAAAUGCUUGUCAAAAUCAUAAGGUGAAUUGAUUUCCAUAUUCUAUUACCUCAUACUGUCAUUUCGGCUGUCAAUAACAUCAACAACCCAAAAACAAUUAUUUACAAUCAAUACGGACCGUUUAUUAAUACAACGUUCAACAUAUAUCUGUUUUGUUAUACAUUGGCACAAUAUCAAUCAUUUGAGAAAAAAUUUUCAAGUCCGUUAUUAUCCGGAUUCUUUAGUAGUUAUUUGCGACAUGAAGAAAAACCAAUUCACACAAUUAUGUGUUGCUCACCUAUAAAUGAAAUACCAACAUCAGAUGAAGCUGCAUUUGCCAUUCUGAAAACAUCUCAAACUCAACUCGUCGAUUCAGGUUUUCAGAAAAACGCAAUUUUGGUGAUGGACGAAGUAAUGUUUCAGAAUGUGGUGAAGAUCAAAGACAAACAUCGAUUUGAUAAUAUUUAUUUAAUGGCCGGUGAUUUCCACGCAUUAAAAAAUUAUAUGGCAAUGAUAUGGACAAUAUUAGACGGCUCAGGUGUACAUCAAUUAAUUGGCUGUAUUUUCCAAGGAGCAACGUUACGGUCAGUUUUUAAUGUUACAAAUUUUAAUAAAUCACUUAGAACAAUUAAAUUACUCUAUACUUCAUUUGGUAUUUGUUUAAUGCGAGAGUAUUUAUCAUCAAACUAUUUACAUAUUUCAAUACGUGAAUUAUUAAAUAAAACACCAACAACAUUUCAUACAGACGAGUAUAAGCAAAAAUGGUUCCACCAAGUAUUAUCAACAACUAGUCAAAUCAACUUUGAAAAACAAUUCAACGAAUUUUGCACGAGGCAAUCAAAUAAAAUGGUGUGUUUUCGAUUCUGGUACUGGAUAUUUCGGUUUCUGUUAGAAGCAUGUGUUCAAUUGCUGGUUGCGGUUCGAAGUCAAAAUUUUGAUCUUAGAAAUGCAUGUUGGAGCCGUAUGGUACCAUUAUUUUUUUCACACAAUCGUCGUCGUUAUGCUAAGCUUGGUGCACGUAACCUUGCUGAUCUUCGAUCGAUGCCAUUAGCUUUGCAACAACAUUUCUCCGAGUCAUUUGCAGUUAAAAGAACAAAACGUCCAUUUUCAGGUGUGCCCGUUGAUCAGGCAUUAGAAAGCUCAAUCAACCGGAUAGGCAAAGGACGAAAUGGCAUCAGUGGACAAUUUAGUGCUCAAGGAAUUGACAAAUUCUGUCAAACGUUAGUGUUUCGAACGCUAAUUUAUUCGGCGAUUAACGAUAUAACAGAAAUCGAUACUGAUACAAACGAUGGGCAUAUUGAAUGCCAGCAAAAUCGUUUGGUAAUUGACAACAAAGAUUUAAGACGAUUAGUAAUAAAAAUAGCCGACGAAAAAUUAUUUGAUGCGGAAAGUCAAAGUGUUACAGAAUUAUUUACUGGCAAAAUAAUUCACGAUGAUAUUGUGAACGAUAUUUGUAAUAGUUACAGUCGUGGUGAAGAAGAACUUAAAACAUUUAUCCAAAAACGUUUAAUCGAUAAAUCAAUCUAUAUCGAUUCAAAAAUGUCAACGAUGAAAACAAUGAAAUUAAUCAAUGCUGGCACACAAAAUCGUGCAGCACUUGCCGCCUGUAUUCGAGAUGUUUGGCUAUCAAUGUUUACCGUAUUACCCCCUGGAAAGUUGUUAUACAUCUCCGAUCCAGAUGAAAAAUGUUAUGUUUUAACAAACAGUGCAAUAAGAGAAGAUAUUCUAUUGAGAUCAAACCAUACUGGAGUAGAUACACGGUUAUUUGUUCAUCUGAGAAAUGUCACAUUAGCAUAUUCACCAGACUUCAGAGAUUUAGAAGUCAUAAUUGAUCGGGCAACAAAUAAACAACAAAAAUAUGUGAAUUGUUCAAAAAUAGCUGAAGUAGGAGUCUUUUCGCUUGAAAAUGUGAAAUUAAAUGAAAAUUUAGAGAUUUAG